AUGCGUCUGCAACUGAGCGCCUUCACCGUCUUUCUGAGCCUGACCUCGGCGGCCUCAGCCUCGUCACUCGGCUCAAUAACCGAAGGCGUCGCUGGAGCCAUCAUUGGUACUUUGGGGGCGGCUGAUGGAAAGUCUGGCAGUGACAGCCCGGUCCCUCUUCGACGAAGCAUUACCGAGCUUGCUGCUGAAGCAGGUCCCCAAUGGGAUCUCUACCUUCAGGCUCUGCGAUCCAUGUACGACCGCGACUCGAAAGACCCGGAGUCCUUCUUCCAGGUUGCGGGCAUCCAUGGCCGACCGUUCAUGCAGUAUAACAACGCGGGAGCGAUGAACACCAACGGUUGGGGUGGCUAUAGCACUCAUGGAGAGAAUUUGUUCAUCAUUUGGCAUCGACCUUUUGUCGCGCUGUUCGAGCAAACACUGGUCAAGGAGGCCAAGAACCUGGCUGCCAGCUAUCCCGACGACCUGCGCUCCAUUUACCAAAAGGCUGCCGACGACUUGAGGGCUCCGUACUGGGAUUGGGCUCUCGAGCCACGGCUCCCCAGCGUGGUGCUCCCGGAAACGAUCGAGGUCAAGGUGGCUACCAAGACUGGCGUUGUCGCAAAGAGUAUCGACAACCCGCUGUACACGUACAGGUUCCCCAAGGAAGUGAUGCAAGGCCAGUACGGGGCGUUUAAUACGUACGACCGCAUGUACCGAUGCCAAAACCCGGAGCAGGCGAACCAAAACCUUUACAGCCGCAACUACAAGUCUUGGCUGUAUGAUACUUAUGCAAUGGCGAAAUCGUUUUCAGAAUUUGCUACGACUGCGAGCAAGGGUGGCAGCCUGGAAGGUGUCCACAACGCUAUCCAUUGGGACUCCGGCUGCGGCGGCCAGUUCAUGGAUUCCCAAUUCUCUGCUUUUGAGCCUCUGUUCAUGCUGCAUCACUCCAACGUUGACAGGCUUUGGGCGUAUUGGCAGGCCAUGCACCCUGAGGCGUCCACAUUCAACGGCGCUUACCAGGGCCUCUCGCGCUUUAACACUUUCGCCGGAACCAUGAUCGGACUCGACUCCCCACUGCAGCCAUUUAGACAGAUCAAUGGUGACUGGCACACGUCUCGCUCGGUCAACUCCAUCACGACGUUUGGGUAUUCGUAUCAGGGCCUCGAGUAUUGGACAAAGUCGGAAACCGAGCUGCAGCAGAGCGCUAUCCAGAUGAUCAACUCGCUGUAUGGCCCAGAGCAGAAACAGAAGCCUAGCACUUCGUCGGCGCCACCAAAGUCUACGCAGACAAACAAACAGUCCACCAGCACACAGUCGCCUGUGACUAGCAGCAGCAAAUCGACGCGGUCGACCAAGCAGUCAACCAGCACCGUCUCCACCGAGACAAGCAGUGCACAGUCGGCUGAGAGCAAUGGCAAGCAGUCGACCAGCACUCAGUCAACUGGGAGCAACAGCGUCCCAUCGGCACAAACAACUGGCAGCCAAUCAACGCCGACGAGAAAUACCCAAUCAGUGUCGACGAACAGCACCCAAUCAUCGUCGGCGGACAUCAAUCAAUCAGCAGAGACUAGCAGCAAACAAUCGUCGCAGACCAACAGCACCCAAUCUAGCGAGACCGGCAAUGUAUCGACACAGACUAGCAGCAAGCAGUCGACCAGCACCCAGCUGACGCAGUCUCCGUCUGAGGGCGCCAGCACCGAUAUUCCGACGCCUUCGCCGCCUACGGCGUCAACUGGCAAUUCGACUUCAAGCUCACAGUCAACGGUAGUCGCCAGCAGCCAGUCCAGCAUUUCGUCGCCCUCACAAAAAAUUGUGAGCUUGAUUGCAUCCUCUGCCGCCACGGCCGCUGUGCCAACGACUACUUCCGGGCUCGACGCACACCCCGACUUCAACACGACCGAGACCGGCGACUACAAGCGCUUCUACGCUGGCAUCACCGUCGAUGUGUCCUAUCUCCCCGUGCGCCCAUGCGCCAUUGAAAUCUCCAUUGACAUGUGGCACGCCGGUGGCAUGGCCAUCAUGCAGAUGCCAGAAAGGGGCGUCAUUUACGACUCCAUCUCGCUCUCCGACGCCAUUGCCUCCGCAAAGUUGGGCAGCGUUCCCAACAAUGAGCUGCUGAGCGAAAUUACCUCGCGGCUGCAUGUGACUCUUCGCAAGGCUGAUGGCUCGAGCAUUGACGUGACCCAGAUCUCUGGACUCAAAGUCGACAUCGAGGAAGCCGAUGUUGUUGCUCCCACUUCGGAGUUCGAACUGCCUCAGGUGGUCAAAUCUAGCACUCACGUAGCGCUCGAUAAGCCGGUUUCGGGCUGCGCCGCCCCUGCACAGUGA